ACCCAGCAUAUUGAUACAGUGGAUCACAAGAAAGUCUGCAUGGACCUGGAAAAAGCUACUGAAGUCAUCAUGCAAACAUUGCAGGCCACUCAAAUGAGACACAAGCAAGUCUGCAUGGAUCUGGAGAAGGCCUCUCGAGUCAUCAUACAAGCAUUACAGCACGAAGUAGGAAGGAACCAGGAGCUCUGCGUGGUGAUUCGCUGCCUGGAAGAGAAGGAGGCGGAGACUGGGCGGAGCCUAACAGAGCAGGUGGAGUCAAACAAGCAGCUGAAGCUGAAGAUCGAUGAACUAAAGAAACGCCUGGAGGAGAAGAACCACUCACUGACACAGGCCAACCAGGUUGUGGCUUUACUGAAGAGCAAGGAGCUGCUGCGAAGCAAACGGAGCAAUCACAGGACAUUACAGGAAGUGAUCGAGUGGCUCCAGGGAGGGGAGAGCCAGAUCAAGACUGAGAAUAGCUCUCUUGUCCAGUCAGAGCAGAUGGCAUCAGCAGAGGAAUCCUCUUCAUCUGAUGCCCAGAGUGGAGCUGCAGUACUCCGUGCUGAAGGAAAACGAUCCUCCACCUCCUCCGCCUCACACACUCAUACCGAGGACGAUUCCAGAACACGGACUGAGGAAGAUUCCAGAAAGUUCCCCUGCCCCAUAUGGGGAAAACGCUUCAGAUCACGGUCUCAGAUCAAGAACACAGAACUGAUGUCUGAGAUGUCAGGAACACUGCUGCCUAUGCCCGUGAAGGAGAUCAAACAAGAAGAGUCUACUUUGAUGGGAAUCGAACAGAAGGAACAAUCAGAUUCAAGAGAAGAUGGCCAGAGAGACUCCUCUCUUACAAAAGUCAGCACAGAUGAGAGAACAGAACCGCCCCUUCAUAAUGGACAAAAGCUCUAUCCGUGCCCCGAAUGCGGAAAGACCUUCACCAGGAUGAACCAUCUCAAGACUCACCAGAGGAUCCACACCGGGGAAAAGCCAUACGCGUGCACGGACUGUGGAAAGGCCUUUAGUCAAAUAUCGAAUCUCAAGGCGCACCAGAGGAUCCACACGGGAGAAAAGUCGUACGCGUGCGGUACGUGCGGGAAGACGUUCAGGACUAAGUCGGAGGUCACCAGGCACAAGCGCAUGCACACGGGGGAAAAACCAUAUCCGUGCACGACCUGUGGGAAGAGUUUCAGCCGCAGCUCACAUCUCGUUAUACACCAAGAGGUCCACACAGGACUAAAGCCGUAUGAGUGUGGCACAUGCGGCAAGAGUUUCCAUCGCAGCUCACAACUCAAGACCCACCAGAAAGUGCACAGUUGAGUCAAACAUGACCAAUGCUGAGGACCCUUCAGAAAGUGCACACUUGAGUCAGACAUGACCAAAUGCUGAGGACGCUUCAGAAAGUGCACACUUGAGUUAGACAUGACAAAUGCUUGAGACCCUUCAGAAAGUGCACACUAGACCCUUCAGAAAGUGCACACUUGAGUCAAACAUGACAAAUGCUGAGGACCCUUCAGAAAGUGCACACUAGACCCUUCAGAAAGUGCACACUUGAGUCAGAUAUGACAAAUGCUGAGGACCCUUCAGAAAGUGCACACUUGAGUGAACCAUAACAAAUGCUGAGUUGACUAAGGGUACAUUCAGACUAAGCGUCUUUUUCUCAGCUGCCGGCGUCUGUUUUACAUUAUAACCCUAUGGAGGAGACCGUGUUUUCAAAAAAGUUGCCGGCUUCUUUUAAAACGCGACUGCAACCAUCUUUUUUCUGCAGCUCGAAGUUCAGAAAUGUUCAACUUCUGGCGGAAAAACGCCUCACUUUUUUACAACUGACCAAUCACAAGCGGAUUAACGAGCCCUGUGGUUUCCCAUGACAACAGGUAAAACAUGGUUACAGAACUUCGGUCGAGAGUCUCGUUUUAGGUGUCUGAGCUUUUGGGAAAUGUUGUGUCCACACGUACGUUUGUCACUUUGCCUAUCGCAAAAAAAACCCUCUUCCGGCUGCUUUUGGAAUGAAAACGCUGGCAGAUUGUUUUUUCAAGAUGAGACAACGGUCUGCACAACUUCUUUUGUCAGAAAAAGACGCCAAGUCUGAACGUACCCUUAAAGGAAUAGUUCGGAAUUUUGGACAUAGGACCUAAUUUCCAACUUUACCGAGGUGAUAUAGGUCGGUGGAGACCCUUUUUAUCGCGUUUAACCCCUUCCUUCAGUUGCAGCGUCCCCCUUUGCUAACGCUGGUUCUUAGCUAAAGCAUUUCUACGGUAACAUCAGUCUGACAUCAACAACAGUCUUACUCACUCCACCGCACAUCCGAGACAAGUCAAUUAAAACGUCAGACUAUCGAUAUACGUGUCCGUGUUGAUAGAAUAAUUUUAGAAAUAAAACUAACCUUGCAACUCAAUGAUUUAUUACAUUUUGAGGGACUAGUUUCUCAAUAUCAAUCCGCCACUGCCAUACAGGGAACAAAGUAGGCUAUUGCAAUGCGAUGCAAGGUUAGUUUUAUUUUCUAACAUUGUUCUAUCAACACAGGCAUGUGCAUUGAUAGUCUGACGUUAUCAUUUAUUUGUUUCGGGUGUUCUGUGGAGUGUUUUCUGUGGCAGGCUGGAUGUUACCGUUGACUUGCGUUAUCUCGGCACCUAGCUAGCACGAGAUGAACGCUGCAACUCAAGGAAGGGCAGAAAUUCACUGAAAACGGUCUUCACCGAUCUAUAUC